GAUUGGCCGUUGAAUACGCCAGUUGGACUUCAGUGCAAAUCAACGGUCCCGGCCGUUAGUAGUGUUGUGUCAUACGUCUCCGUGUUAACCGCCUCCUACAUGCCGCUGCGGUCAGCCCGCUAUGUUUGGCUAUUCCGGUUAAGUCGCCUCUCUGGUGAACUGCGUCCGUCAGCGAGUCCGUGUCUCCGUCUCAGACCGACAGCUCGCACCAGUCAUCCUCUACUGUUCGCCCGGAAACUCACGAUGCAUGCGGGUCAGAGUGAGACCAGCAGCGGCAGCAGCAGCGUGGAGGAAGGGCUGGGCACAGCCGGGAAACCAGUGCCAGGUCCGGGGCUCUUCAGACACAUCCCGACCGUCACCACGACAACACAAGAGCCGGUGGGUCCUCCGAUUGGUCCUCCGGUGGGUCCUCGACUGGUCGUCAUCGAGAGACACUUAAGGACCCCGAGUCCUCUCUGUGGAGCCGGCUAUGAUGAUGACUCGGAGGCGGAGGCGUUCCGAGACGGGAGGACCGAGGAGGUGGACCGGGACACCCGGGGCAGGGCGUUCAACUGGUGCCGAGACUUUCUGUCCGGGUCCUGGAAGACCAUCGGGGAGAGGGACUUCCAGAUCACCAUCGUCAGUGGUGGACUGAGUAAUCUGCUGUACCUGUGUACUCUGCCUGACUAUGUGCAGUCUGUGGGAGAGGAACCUCGCCAGGUGCUCCUCAGAAUCUACGGUGCCAUCCUACAGGGAGUGGACUCUCUGGUGUUGGAGAGCGUGAUGUUUGCCAUCCUUGCUGAACGAACUCUUGGACCAAAACUUUACGGCAUCUUCCCUGAGGGACGCUUAGAACAGUACCUUCCGAAUACCCGCAUGCGCACAAAUCAACUUUCAGAUUCAGCCAUAUCAACUGAGAUUGCCACCAAGUUGGCAAAUUUCCAUGAAAUGAGCAUGCCAUUUAACAAAGAGCCUAAGUGGCUGUUUGGGACCAUUGACAAAUACAUGGAUCAAGUGAUGAAGCUUAAGUUUGUGCGUGAAGGACAUGUGAAGAAGUACAACAAGCUGAUGAAGUUGGACCUGCCUGCUGAACUGGAGAGCCUCCGCGCGUUGCUGGCAGCGACUCCAUCGCCAGUGGUGUUCUGCCACAAUGACGUCCAGGAAGGUAACAUUUUGAUGCUGAAAGACGAGGACCACAACCUAACAGAUCGACUCAUGCUGAUCGACUUUGAGUACAGCAGUUACAACUACAGGGGUUUUGACUUUGGGAACCAUUUCUGUGAGUGGAUGUAUGACUACACCUACAACCAGUGGCCCUUCUACAAAGCCAUACCGGAUGACUAUCCCACCAGAGAGCAGCAGCUUCAUUUUAUCAGAAGUUAUUUGGCAGAAAAGAGACGAUACUCUGACAUUUCCACGGACCAGACGCAGAUCGAAGAGGACUUAAUAAUUGAAGCUAACAGGUAUGCAUUAGCAUCACAUUUCCUCUGGGGGCUGUGGUCCAUCAUUCAAGCAAAGAUAUCCAAGAUUGAGUUUGGAUACAUGGACUAUGCCCUGUGUCGUUUUGAUGCCUACAUCAAGCAGAAAAAGCUCUUCUCCUGAUCUCCACCACGUUUAUCAGAAUGUGACGUCUCUUUUUUUUGUGUAAUUGAAACUCCAGUUCUAUGCAGCUCUUCUUAUGACAAGCAAUGUUGGGUGAAAGAGAGACAUUUACAUUCGAACACAACGCAGGCAAUCUGUUUUAUCGACGCACUUUUCCCCAUAGUGGGAAAUUGAGUUAGAGCAGGUGUAGCUCUACAGCAUUGAAUGUUGUUGUUUAUCAUUUGAAGGGCUAAGUCAAUCUGAUGGUCAGCUAUUAUAAUGGACAAUGCUGGCUGCCAGAUCAUUCUUGUCUUUAAAUUUCAGACUGUGAAUCUCACUGUUUUUAUCAUUUUGGUGUACUAAACCAAUAGUAUUGAGUUCAGCAUGGAAGGCUUUUUUUAUACAUCUCUUUGCUUUAGUGUAUUUAGUCUUUCUACCUCACAUCUUCAGCAGUAGGGUUAUUCUUUCAAGGUCCAAUAAAGGUAAGUUAAAGACGUACCCACAUUCAGCAAAUGAUUGCAUGAGGGCUAUUUUAUACACUAUCACUGUAGUCAACAAUACUGUUAAUGUAACCAUUACAACUGUUCUAUCUACAUUCUAUGCUGAUGGUAUUCAUUGUAUUUGCUCAUUUUUGCUAUUUAGAAUCAUAACUUGGAAUAUCCAAACAUGUGUCAUUCUUGCCUAUAGUAUUAGGUUAACUAAUACAGUCCAUAUGUGCACAUGCAUGUAACCACAUCAACCUGAAUUGCUUAAAUUAGAUCCAACAAUUCAGAUCUGUAUUAUAGUAAAGUGACAUCAUGACUUUCUCUUUUGCUUAUUUGAAUGUGAAGUUAGGUUUUGACAUUUUCUGGAAGCUUUUUUUAUUUUCUUUUUUUUGUAAUUCUUUUACGAUUCUUUUAUUUAUGUAGACUGUCUCCUGUAUUUGACGGAAUGUACUGCAUUCAAUUUACAUCAUGAUAUCCUUGUUUUACACAUACUGUCUGUAGCUACGUCAAUUUAAGUAUGAUAAGUAGCUUAACUAAACCUCAUCAACUACCUGUAGCCAUUAUUAUUGUUCCAGUACAGUUUCAUUCUGUUAAAACUUCUCUGUAUUAUGUUUGUCCUCUUUGCACUACUAAAAUAAAAUUGAAAAGCUAAUAAACAUCUGUCCUUAGAA